AUGUCCAGCUGCUUCCUCGCCUUCGACAGUCGAUCGUCGGCGUUUGUACGCCCGCUAGCGGUCGUCCGGCAGGUACGCGGCACCAUGUCGUCUCGGGGCCCAAACUUUCACGGCGGGCGCAGGGGUGGGGGAAGAGGAGGCGGCGGCGGCGGCGGCGGGGGGGGGGGAAGAGGAGGGGGUUCAAGAGGUGGCGGAAGAGGCGGGGGCCGGGGGGAUCAGCGGUGGUGGGAUCCCGUAUGGAGGGCUGAGCGGCUGCGGCAGAUGGCCGGAGAUGUAUGUUCUUCUGCCUGCCUCAAUUUGUUGUUUCCGUUUGAAGCAUAUUUGAAGGGUGUCAUUGGAUGAAUUCGUUCGAUCUGCAAAAAAAUUGAUAUAGGUGUGGAUUGAGUAGUAAACGGACUGGUGCUAUUGGGCACUGGUGCUUUAUAUUUGAUGGGUAAUGGUCAUCGUGGUGUUCACAAUAAGAACAUGAUGAGAAUUGCUGAGUCUUAACUUGCCCACCCGAUGUGAAUGCAUGGCAUUGAGAAGCUGAAAAAAAUUAGAACUUUAAAACUAUCCUCCCUGCCAAACGAAAAGCUCGGCUAACUGGCCUCUAGCCAGAGUAAAACGAUAACCGGAGUAAAGUUUUUUUGGCUGUACUGUGAAGGUGGCAUCUGAAAAUUGUCCAGUUUGGACAAUUGUACAUUUUUAGAGUGAAAAGUACGUAGCGUUUAGCCUGCAGCUUUUCGAAGAUAGUUGAACUCAGAGUUAUCUGCUUCACUUGCUUAUUAUGCAUGCCUUCCUGCCUAUCUUUAUAUCUUUUUCCAGGUUGAAAAGUUGGACCAGAAUGAAUGGUGGACAAAGAUAAAUCAAAUGAAGAAUAGUGGUCAGCAAGAGCUAAUUAUCAAGCGGAAUUUUGGACGGGAAGGUGAAGAAAUUCUUGGAGAUAUGGCUCGCCAAUUAGGACUUUACUUGUAAGAUGAAUUUCCUUUCUAAUUCUUCACUGUAGAAAGUUUUUGAGUGAUCUAGAAAGUUUCAAGUGUUAAUGUUGUAUAUGUGCUUCUUAGACAUUGUUCCUUGAUCCAACUUUCAUUACUUCUGAGGAACAUAUAUCAGCCUGUUUAAAUGGUUUUCUUUCCUGUUUCGUCAUUGGUAAAAUCAAAAUUAUGUUGACUGAUAACCUAUUCGCCUUGAUCUGUGUAUCUAUGGAAAGAAAGCCAUGCUUACAGUAAAGGGAAGACUUCUGUUGUCAGCAAAGUCCCAUUGCCAGAUUACCGAGCUGAUCUUGAUGAUCGACAUGGAUCAACUCAAAAAGAGGUCUGCUGAUUCGGGCUAAGUUAGGUUCAUUUUAAUACACUAACAUUGUAAUGUUUGAGGUUAAAUAUAUGCAUCUUUGCAGAUUAAGAUGACCACAGAUAUUGAAAGAAGAGUUGGAAAUCUGCUGCAAAAAUCUAAAGAAGUAUCACAUUCCACUGCUUAUAGUGGUGCAUCUAGUCAGACACCUGGCCCAUCUUUACGAACCACUGGUACAACUGAAUGUCACGUGACAAGUGAAAUUGGUGUCACCAAAGAAAAGUUCAGUAUUGAACUCAGGGACUUGCAGAGUUCUAGAAAGGUGCGUGUAUAUCUAAGCUAUUCAUGAUUAUAAUAAAACUGUGGAACUAAUUUCUCAGAGAAUAAAAUGAAUUUUUUUUUUUAUUCCGAAUUACUCUCUGACUAGUACUAUUUAUUAUCAGGCAACCUCCACUGCAAGAGCAAUGCAGUCUUUCAGAGAACAGUUACCAGCAUACAAAGUGAAAGAAGAAUUUCUGAGAGCUGUUGCUGAAAAUCAGGUUGGAUGGCAUUAAUCACUAUUUAAUUAUCAUUUAUUGUUGAAGAGGCGGUAUUCCAUCCUGAAAUUAUGUCGUACGUUGGCAUUUUACAAUGGACAGGCAUAUCAUUGCCUGUUAGCGCCACUUGAUAUUGUUGGUGAGGUUUUCUUCUCAAGAUCCAGAGAUUGAUGCGAAAUGCGAAGCAGAAAUGCUACAAAGUUCCAUCUAAUUGACUUGGUGAUAGUUCAUGAUAGAAAGAGAAGCCCCUUGAGGGUAUUUUAUAUCUAAAUUACAAUACCAUUGUCUCCUCGUGAUAGUGAUAGCACUGGGUGAGUGUGUGUGUGUGUGUGUGUGUGUGUGUGUGUGUGUGUGUGUGUGUGUGAGAGAGAGAGAGAGAGAGAGAGAGAGAGAGAGAGAGAGAUUUCCUUUGUUAGGGGCACUAUUCACCAUGUAUAUUCCAAGUAUUUGGAUCAACUAUUGCAGUGUCAUUUUUUGUCCCUACUAAGUCACAGUUAUUUUGAAUGAAAUCAAGCAAGAAACGUGCCAUGCUGUAAUUUCCCUGGCUUUUCUUUUAACUAUGUACAAUUUUCAUCAAUUUACAUAUCUCAUUUGGAGAAAAUUUUCAGUGCUUUGUUUUUCUCAUUGGUAUGAUUAUACUGCGUAGGUUCUGGUAGUUUCCGGAGAGACUGGAUGUGGGAAAACUACCCAGUUGCCCCAGUUUAUAAUCGAGGAGGAAAUAUCAGCCCUUCGUGGAGCAGAUUGCAGCAUAAUCUGUACCCAGCCUCGUCGUAUUUCUGCUAUAUCUGUUGCCGGUAGAAUUGCUGCAGAGAGGGGUGAGAGCCUGGGAGAAACUGUUGGCUAUCAGAUUCGUUUGGAAUCUAAGCGCUCAGCACAGACAAGACUUUUAUUUUGUACUACUGGCGUCCUUCUUCGCCGUUUGGUAAUAAGAUAAUUCUUACUUGGCGUUUAUUUGAUUAUAUUACAUCCUUUACUCGUACAUUUUUUUAUCCAUGCUUUGUCAUGUCAUUGUCAGGUAAUCUCUGUCAGGAAAUAAUUGUUUUAAAUUCUUUUUUUCUUUUCACUGGGGACCUCCCCGCCUGUUAUUUUUAAGAUCAAAACGAGAGAGAAAAUGAAAGGCUGCUGCAUGGAAGUGAAGUUUCUCCCAGGGACUAGGGAAACCAUAUUCUGGCUGUGAUUAUGAGUGAAGUUGGUGGGAUUGCGGGGAGUUUUGGAUGUCUUUGUGAGGUUCCUUUUUCCUGGCAAAGAAAUGUGAGGUAUAUAUUGUUAUGAUUCCCUCCUCACCUCUCAAUCAAUGAAGGGAAAAAGUCAAUGGAUUCAAGAAAAAUGUAACAGAGAAAAAAAAUUAAUGUAACAGGCAGGAAUUAGUUCAAGAGAAUUCCCCACUCUCCAUUCUUAUCUCUCUUCUUCCAAGAUGCCCCCACUUUUUCACAGAGAAAGGGGUAUUUAUACUGUUCAGCCCACUCCUUCCCUAAUGUUCAAUGUUGAACCUUCUAGACUGUUCACUUACGACGAGCAUAUGUUUUGAAGGGUACCGUAUCAUAUAUCUUGUACCUUUUUGAUGCUGAUGAAGAAAUGUAAUAUAAUUAUCCCUGAAUUCGCAAUAUGGGAAAUUGUCUUGCAAUAUUCCCUUGUUUGGUUGUGUCUUUGGCAUGUCAUGGUUUUAUAAAGUUAUCAUAUACUGUUCGUGUCGCUCUUGUCAGGGAAAUAACUAAUGUCUGUGCUCUUUUUACAGGUUCAAGAACCAGAUUUAGGUGGGGUUACUCAUUUACUAGUGGAUGAAAUUCAUGAAAGAGGCAUGAACGAGGACUUCCUUAUAAUAAUUCUGCGUGAUCUUCUUCCUCGUCGCCCAAAUCUGAGGCUUAUAUUAAUGAGUGCUACUAUUAAUGCGGAUCUAUUUUCAAAAUACUUUGGAGGUGCACCAAUCAUUCACAUCCCGGUAUUGAACUAGGCCUAUGCAUUGAAAUUCGUUUUGGUAUAUUUGAUGGAGCUGUUCUUCGCUGAGCUGUUGUUUUCACAUUUCAGGGUCGGACUUUUCCCGUUGCAGAAGUUUUCUUAGAAGACAUUCUUGAGAAAACUCGUUAUAAAAUAAAAUCAGAGUUUGACAACUUUCAAGGAAAUUCAAGGAGGAGGAGGAGACAACCAUUUUCAAAAAGUGAUCCUUUGACUGAAAUGUUUGAGGUAAUGUGGAAGCUGUCAUCUAGCAGAAUACACAUUUUCCUCUGAAUUCAAGUGCGUGGUUUAUGAUUUCUCAGCAACAAACAUUCUAUCGUUCCACUUUGCUCUAUGCUGUGAAUUGAAUCUUCGUCCUUUGCUGUAGGAGGUGGACAUUGAUAGUUAUUACAAAAGUUACAGCCCAUCUACAAGGCAAUCUCUGGAAGCUUGGACUGGGGGGCAGCUAGAUUUGGGCCUCGUAAGUAAUGCUGACUUAAGUGCUCCACUGUCUUUUAUUUUUCUUUAUUAUUUUACCUUUUGUAUUCUUUAUCAUCUUUUAUGUCUUGCUCUUUUCACUAUUUUGCUGAGUGAGCAUGUGGUAAAAUGGGAUCUCCAUCAUGUGAUUCUGAGAACUGUUACUCUUGCUGACUAUUUCCUGCGUUACUCCUUCCGAUAUAUGGAAUUAAUCUCUCUCACAUUAUGAUGCUCUAUUGGUGGUAUCAGUAUACGUAGCAAUCCGAUCAUAGUUUCUUGUGCGCUGCUCUUGUUAAUAUGCAGGUUGAAGCAUCAAUUGAGUACAUUUGUCGCCAAGAAGGGGAUGGAGCAAUCCUUGUAUUUCUUACUGGUUGGGAAGAAAUAUCAAAGUUGCUUGAAAAAAUAAAAGGAAACGUUCUUCUCGGAAAUUCAAGCAGAUUUCUUGUCCUUCCAUUGCACGGUUCAAUGCCUACUGUCAAUCAACGUGAAAUUUUUGACAGGCCACCAAGUAAUAUGAGGUACGUCACAUGUUACUUUCCAAUUUGGUAAUUCCAAAGUGCUUAUUGGUGCUUUAGUUAUCUUAUCUUGAUAUGUUUCAUAUGUUUGCAACUGUGCGUGUCAGUUCCUGCAAGUUUAACUUGGAUAUUUUAUGCCAUGGCAUUCAUCAAUAGAGCCGUUCAGUUCUUUUAUUCAUUAUAUUGUCGAAACAAGCGAGCUAUAUUUUUCUUAUCAGAAAACUCAAUUAUUGAAUAUUUCCGUAGUGUAAACUUAGAAAGAGUGAUUACUUGUCCCGCCAUUCUAGUCUCCUUGAGAGUAGAAGGGCCCUAUACAAUGAAAUGGUCUGAGUAGACAGGCCGAUAGUCUUGUUUGUAGCACCCAAUGAGGCCACAGAUAUUGAAGUUUAUCUACAGUACAGCUAGGUUGGAAAAGUUUAUACAUAUUAUACAUAUUUUAUAAGUUAAUUGUUAUAAAUUUUCAUGUGGAUACAACAGUUACUAAAUAAUUUCCUUAUACAUUUAUGCUAUGAAGACAUGCAUACUUCAACUUCUUUUCAGUUUUUUUAAGAAUUAAUUAGUAAUUUUUAUAUGUUUAAAAUUAAGCAUCACAUUGGCCUUGCACUGAACGUUUUGCCAUGUCAUGCCGCCUUAGAUAGUAAGGACUGAUUUAAUAAUUGGGCCAUGAAUAUUAUUGUUUUUGGUCAAACAUGCAGGAAAAUAGUUCUGGCAACAAAUAUUGCUGAGAGUAGCAUCACUAUAGACGAUGUUGUCUACGUUAUAGAUUGUGGGAAAGCAAAGGAAACCAGCUAUGAUGCUCUCAACAAGCUUGCAUGUCUCUUACCUUCAUGGAUAUCAAAGGCCUCGGCACACCAGGUGAGCACAAUUGGCAAGUUAUAUUGAAGCCCAUUGAUCAAAACGUUCGGAGUUUUCUCAGCAUAUUUUCUGUGGAAUGCCUGCAGAGACGAGGGCGAGCCGGCCGUGUUCAACCUGGAGUUUGCUAUAGGUUGUACCCCAAGAUGAUCCACGAUGCAAUGCUCCAAUACCAGUUACCUGAAAUUCUCAGGACUCCCUUGCAAGAACUGUGCCUUAAUAUCAAAACCCUGCAGCUCGGAGUUAUUGGUUCUUUCCUCUCGAAGGCACUUCAGCCGCCAGAUCCUCUCUCUGUUCAAAAUGCCAUUGACCUCUUGAAGACGAUUGGAGCGCUAGACGAUCAGGAGGAACUGACUCCUCUUGGUAUGCUUGAGAGAGAGAGAGAGAGAGAGAGAGAGAGAGAGGAGUUUCUAUUAACAUCAUUCUUCUGUUUAUUGACAGGUCGUCACCUCUGUACUCUGCCUUUGGAUCCGAACAUCGGGAAGAUGCUGCUGAUGGGUUCCAUCUUCCAGUGCCUGGAUCCAGCACUAACAAUUGCAGCUGCACUCGCCCACCGCGAUCCAUUCGUGCUUCCCAUUAACAGGAAAGAAGAAGCCGAUGCUGCGAAAAGAUCUUUUGCAGGAGAUUCAUGCAGGUCAUUCCUCCACUGCCUCCUACUCCCCUCCCCCCAGUUCCUUCCCGCAUCUGCCUUCCCAUUUCUUCAAUGAUUCUGAAAUAUCGCCUGCAGUGACCACAUUGCUCUUCUCAAAGCCUUCCAAGCAUGGAAAGAUGCCAAGCGGAGUGGCAGGGACCGUGCCUUCUGCUGGGAGAACUUCUUGUCCCCCAUUACAUUGCAGAUGAUGGAAGACAUGAGGAUGCAGUUCCUCGACCUCCUAUCAGAUAUUGGCUUCGUCGACAAACGUAAAGGACCCAAGGUGUAUUUUUUCCCCAAUCCUCCAAUCUCCCUAGCAUGGGCCUUCCUGCUUCAUCUUCACUUCCAUGGUGAUCAUGUGAGAUGGUGUCAACAGGCCUACAAUCUCUACUCCGACGAUCUGGAGAUGGUAUGCGCCAUUUUAUGCGCCGGGCUCUACCCUAACGUGAUUCAGUGCAAAAGAAGGGGGAAGAGGACUGCUUUUUACAGCAAAGAUGUCGGCAAGGUGGACAUUCAUCCCUCCUCCGUCAACGCCGGCGUCCACACAUUCCCUCUGCCCUACAUGGUUUACAGCGAGAAGGUGAAGACAGCGAGCAUCUAUCUCCGAGACUCGACCAACAUAUCGGACUACGCUCUGCUCCUCUUCGGAGGGAGCCUGCGGCCGAGCCGUUCUGGGGAGGGCAUCGAGAUGCUCGACGGCUACCUCCAUUUUUCCGCCUCAAAGAGUGUGUUGCAGCUCAUUCAGGUGCGCCGCCCCGCCCCGCCUCGUACAGUGCUCUCUUCUCACUACUCCAUCUUGAACUAGAUGGCCUGAUUCUUCCACCAGAUUAUGCAGAAUUGCUCAUUACGCCAACCCAUCAUGGGUAACUGUUUAUCUAUGCGUUUGUCCUGUAGAAUUUGAGAGCUGAACUAGACAAGCUCCUGCAGAGGAAGAUAGAGGAGCCAGGGCUUGAUAUCCCUGCAGAGGGCAAGAGUGUGGUCGCUGCUGCCAAUGAGCUGCUGCACAGCCAGAAUAUCCAAUACUAG